ACUUUUUUCAUAUAAGAAGCGCAUUUUGGGAAAUUUAUGUUUGAGAAAGACAAGUCUUUUUAGAGAAAGUGAUGCUAUAUAUCUAUGGGUUCUAUUAGAGGAAACGUUGAAGAGCCUAUAUCUCAGUCAUUAACUAGGCAAAACUCUCUCUAUAGCUUAAAGCUCCAUGAGGUUCAAACCCACUUAGGCAGUUCUGGAAAACCACUAGGAAGCAUGAACCUUGAUGAGCUUCUCAAGACUGUCUUGUCACCAGCUGAAGAAGGGCUUGUUCGUCAGGGAAGCUUGACGUUGCCUCGAGAUCUUAGUAAAAAGACAGUUGAUGAGGUCUGGAGAGAUAUCCAACAGGACAAGGAUGGAAACAGUACUAGUACUACUACUACUCAUAAGCAGCCUACACUCGGUGAAAUCACUCUUGAGGAUUUGUUGUUGAGAGCUGGUGUAGUGACUGAGACAAUAGUCCCUCAAGAAAAUGUUGUUAACAUAGCUUCAAAUGGGCAAUGGGUUGAGUAUCAUCAUCAGCCUCAACAACAACAAGGGUUUAUGACAUAUCCGGUUUGCGAUAUGCAAGAUAUGGUGAUGAUGGGUGGAUUAUCGGAUACACCACAAGCGCCUGGAAGGAAAAGAGUUGCUGGAGAGAUAGUGGAGAAGACUGUUGAGAGGAGACAGAAGAGGAUGAUCAAGAACAGAGAAUCUGCAGCACGUUCACGAGCUAGGAAACAGGCUUAUACUCAUGAAUUAGAGAUCAAGGUUUCAAGAUUAGAAGAAGAAAACGAAAAACUUCGGAGGCUAAAGGAGGUGGAGAAGAUCCUGCCAAGUGAACCACCACCGGAUCCUAAGUGGAAACUCCGGCGAAUAAACUCUGCUUCUCUUUGAUCUUAAAGACUCUUAUUUCUUUCUUCUCCUUCUUCUUUGUGUUGUUUUAUAUCAGACAGCUUUGUUCUUUGUAUAUUCUGUAGACUUUAUUGACAUUGAACAGUAUGUCUUUAUAAACAUUUCUUGAGUGU